AUAAUAUUUUGCUUUUCACUGCUUCCAUCCUUUCUCCAUUUCAAUUCUACUACCACUUGACACACUUGUAUUAAGAUUUAACAAUCUCAAAUCCGGAGCAGAAUUCACUAUAUGUUCUAGUGCUAUAGCACUUGUUAGCUUUAAUUGUGACAUUAAUCCUCACAAGUGAAACCGGUUAGUGUUGGUUUUUCUGAAUUUCUUUUGGAAGAUAAUAUAAUAAUUUUUUAAUGGCUGAUGAGAGAUGCCUGAUUCCACCAGACAAGGAAUGUCUAGAAGCUCCUCCUAUCUAGAUUCCAUUUAUGGCAAAGGUUCCCCUGAGCUGGUAUUGGAAAAUGGCCAACUUCACAUGCAGCAAGGAGGUUCAUCAUCAAGUGUCACACGCGUGACUCCCUCGUGCGAUGAAGGUUCCUUCAAUGCAAUAAGUGAAAGGUUAAGCUCACUAUACUCUCUCAUGGACUUCCAACUUCAAAGAGACUCACAGAAACAAGACGUGGGAAAGGUCAAUUCCCCCACCAACGUUUUAAGACCUUCAUUGUUUCUUAAAUCCACUUUCAAGGGAAACAGCAACACAUUGGUUACAAACAAUUCAGGUUUACAACGAGUAGAAGAAGAGAUUGAAGCUAUUAAGUUUGCAAAGGCUUCUAGCAGCAAAGAUCUUGAUCAUUGCUCUGUGAUUGACUCAUAUAAAGGGCCACAGGGUGUCAUAGGACUUGAGAGGCAAAACCCUUUAACUUCUGAUGCAUCAAAUCAUGUUCCAAGAAGUGAGGAAACACCUCCUGAUGAGCAAUCCGAGGCUGUUGCUCAUAAUAGUGCAAUUGGUGUUCACAGAUCUCAUGGUCAGUAUCAUCAUAACCAAACCUCAAGGAACCAUGAUGACAUCGAUGACUCGACGUAUUUAAGUGAUAAUGAUGAAGAACCAGAAGAUGUACUGAAGGAAAAGCCUGCUCGGGAAGGCACCGGAGUCAAGAGAAGUAGGAAUGCACAAGUUCAUAAUUUAUGUGAAAGGAAUCGAAGAGAUAAGAUCAACAAGAGGAUGCGUAUAUUGAAGGAGCUCAUACCCAAUUGCAAUAAAACGGACAAAGCUUCAAUGCUUGAUGAUGCCAUCGAAUAUCUAAAGACCCUAAAGCUUCAGUUACAGAUUAUGUCAAUGGGUGCUGGAUUUUGUAUGCCUUUUAUGAUGUUGCCUAAUGCCACUCAUCAUCACAUGAUGAACACACCCCAUUUGCAUCAGUUAAUGGGAGUUGGAAUGGGGUUGAGGCCAGGCACAGCCAUCCCUUGCAACCUACCUCAGUUCCCUAUUCCACCUUUUCCUGAUAACACAGUUCGCAUGUUUGGUUUCCCUAACCAAGUGCCACACAUGCCAGUUUCUCAUGCACCUUUCAUUCCAAUGGUUGUAAAUCCUUCCACACAACCCCCUCUUGCAACUACCAUAGCUACCAACCCUGCUUCUUCCCAGUUAACUACUCCAAUGCCAUCACUCCCCAAGAACUUGUGUCUUAGUGGACAAGCUGAACAUGCAACAAAGCAAGCACAGAAUCAGGUUUCCCUUAAUCACUAGCCUAGCCACCAAUUUGUAUCUUUCAAGGAAAAUAACAAUUAUGUUCUUAGUUAUCAUCCAAUAUCAUUUUGUAAGAACUAUUCAAAUUUAAGUGUCUUGUUAGGUGAUGAAA